AUGAGCGACCAGCCGCCUCCUCGAAAGAAAUCUCGCUUCUUCAGCAAUGGUAAAAGUAAGAUAGGCAAUAUCCUCCACCCUUUCAAGAAGUUGUCACAAAGAGAUGAUUCACAAGAGCGAGAUCAUUCUUCAGCUACUACCAGCACGGUCAACAACGGCUUCUCCUCCAGCAAUCCUCCUUCCCGCCCGUCUCUACAUCCGCCACAUCCUCGAAGUACUGCCUCCGUUAACCCAUCCCCUACUCGAAGCCUUCCGCCUCCUCCCCAGUCUGCAAUCAAAUCUGGACUUCAAUCAGACACGCGAUCGAAUCAACCUAGUCAAGGCCAACGCCAUGGUGUGCCACAACAACCGAUGUCUGACAGUGAAGCCGAGACAGACGUUGAAGAGAGCCAUGAUGGCGGUCAUGACCAGACCUGGGAUGAAAGUGACACGGAGAAUGCCAACCCCGAAAGCCCCAGUCCAUCAAACUCGAAUCUGAACGGAAUGGCUGUCAGAGCUAAGCGGAGAGACGGAAUCUACGGCGUCGAGACUCUUCUUGCCCAGGCCAGCAAUGCCAAUGGACAAGAGGCAGACAACAUUGCUGCAGGCCAAACCAGAACUGGGCUACAAGGCUCGAGCUCGAGCUCAGCCUCGGAUCCAGACCCAGACGCCGGCCCAAUUGUCACACAGCACACCUACACAGGCGUCUCAUCUCUCGUCCAACUCGCAGCCAAUCUGGGCGGUAUUCCUCCUGGCCAUCCUCUCCUCAGACCUGCUUUCGAACCAUUUACAACGACUCGACUAACGCCUCGACCCAUGCCCAACGAGCCAACCGUGCCAAUCGCUUGGAAUGAAGAGCAACAGCCGACUAGGCCUGGAAACACUCAAUUGGGACGAGAAGCUACGCGCAGUAAUGCAGACACAUUCAACUCGGGUCAACAAUCCAACCCCAUCCCGAGCCGUCCACUGCCAGCGCCGCUCCCAGCCGGUGAAGUUGCACGUUACGUUGAUCUGGACCGCGACGCCCAGGGCAGACUCCUUCCCAGACCACCUCGACUCACCAACACCAUGUUGUUCCACAACGGGCGAUUCCCUGCAGAGUACGAGGGCAGUCUGGGCAAGCCCCUACCGACAGUCACUCCAGCCCCACACCUGGCCAAUCCCGAAUCUCUCGUCCCUGAACACAUGUACAUGGCGCCGAACCGGGUGGAACGAGCUCAACACUACGCGCGGAUCUCAUUGAAGCGCAAACGACCCGAGGCCAUCCUCCCACCGCCGUCAUACGUGUACCAGCGCACCAACGACCCGGAGUUCAAUGUGUUCCACGGAAUUUUGCUCUAUCCGGAAAUAGUGUUCGCUCUUGCCACGGCCUUACCGGUCAAAGACUUGAUCAGUCUUUAUGCGAUCAGCAAGGACUUCCACACAAUCGUGGAUACGCGGUUCACAACAGUCGUGCUAAGCCAGGCAGUCGCCAAAGCGCCCGAGUCGGCUCGCACCUUCUCCUUCCGCUCGUACGCACACCUGUGUCGUCAAGAUCCGGUAGCACGCAUUCCACACCCGAACGCACGCAUGGCGGAGCGUAACAUAGCCCGCAAGAUCCCGUCGUUCCGCUGGCUCAAAAUGGUCCUCCACCGCGAGAAAGUCGUGCAUGAGCUGAUGGCCGUGUUUGCCGAGGAAGGUAUCCCACUCCCGUUCCGCUGCCGGCUGGCCAUCAAGCGGCUCUGGUUCAUGCUCGACAUCCCCGACAACGCUCGGCGAAUCGGGUAUUGCCACAACAAGCAGCUUAUGACCAACCUAGAUUUGCACUUUGCGGCCUGCUUUUUCACGAAACUCGACAUGCGCCUGAAUGACCCCACGGCGGGAGAGAAGCGGGACGGCAUGCGCAAACUGCUCCUGUCGCAACGUAGCUUCACCACCAUCCUGAAAGUGCUCAAACGCGACAUGUGGACGACUCGCUUUGCCGUGCUUCAAGAGUGGAUCAAGCUAAAGUAUAAGCCGCUACACGACGAACGCACCCUGACCAUCUUCGGCGUCCCUCCCGACCAGAUCGGCAGAGGUCAUCUCGAAUACUGGGGCACACGAAGUGCCGCACAACUAGGUCGGCAGCCAGAGCACCUUCUCCGUCCCGAUCAGUUGAUUGUUCGCGAGGCGUUCCGUCGUGGCAUCCCUUUUGGAGAGGACUAUGUCCGGUUCGUGCUGUACGGGUAUGUGAGGCCGGAUACGCUCGAGAACUAUGCACCACGCAAGUACGGCCGGAGAAUCGAGGCCAUCAAGGACGACGAAUACGACAUCGACGAUGCCAUCGGUGGCGUGGCGGCGUUGGGCGUCGGUGAUGAAGGCUUUGACGGACUGCUUGAUCUCGGGCCCGCCCGGCGAGGGAGCAUCUACACCAUUGUGAAGGAGCAGACGAGCAAGAGUGAAAAGGAGCUGCGAACCCAGCAGGACCGGUUUUUGAAGGAUUGUCUUGCAUGGUGGGAGCGGGAGAAGAUGGAGAUGGAGCGACAAACCCCGAGUGAUUGA